CCCCUUCACGUUUCUCUUUCAUCUGAGAACCAAGUGAGAAGUGAGAACAGAGAAAGUGAAACGGAAUCCUUUUCUUCUCCCAAGCAUAGCAAAUCGAUCCACCACCGCCGGUGAGCCGCGAGACCACUCUCCUCUUUCUCCAUCCAUCACCGCCGCGAUUACUCUCCUUCUUCUUCUUCAAUUUAGAGAGCUUUCUUCCUUCAUCUCUCUCCACAAACCCUAAUUAUUAAAAGUUAAGCUGAAGAUUCAAAGAAUAGAUUCUAUUUUCAAAAGGAAGGCUGUUGAUAUUGAAAGAGAUGAAGUUGUAAUUUCUUCAUCCGAUAUUGUUCUUUGGCGGCCACCCCAAACUUUUUUGUCUUGCUCCGCCACUGACUCUUAACAUAUGGACAAUUUACGUCAGCAAAAAAUUCAAAAGUAUGAAGAAUUUGUUGAUAAACGCUUGAAACCUGAUCUUCUUCAUGUUACCGCUCAGAGGGACAAGGUCUUUGAACAACAGAAAAUUUUUGCUGAUUUGCGAAGUAACAUUGAAAACAUAGAGAAGAAUAGUGUUACCAGUCUGAGAACUAUGGUCAAUCUUGGCUCUGAGGUGUACAUGCAAGCAGAAGUGCCCAGUACACAACACAUAUUUGUGGAUAUAGGCAUGGGAUUCCAUGUGGAGUUUACUUGGUCUGAAGCUUUAAACUUCAUAGAGAAAAGGGAAGAAAAGAUCGCCAGGCAGAUAGAGGAGUACACCAAACUAAUUGCUUCAAUCAAAGCCCAAAUUAAACUGGUUUGUGAAGGCAUUAGAGAAUUACUUGAUCUUCCAGCUGAGAAACCCUUACCAGAACGGAGAUUUUGAUAUUUACAGAGUACUCACCGAAUUGCUUAUGUUAGAAUUUGUCACAACAAUUAUGAAGAAGAAAUGCAAUCAUGUGAAAAAACUUUUAACCUUUAUGAAAUAUUGCAUCUCUUCUUUUAGUCAUAGUUCACUUUCUAAUUAAAUUUUGUGCAGGGUUGUAAAGUAUUUUGAUGACCAACCGUGAAUAGAAACAUUAACAAAACACCCAAGUCCUUAUUUAUAUGAUUUUCUAUA